CCCGGGGACGCGAUGUCGCCGCCGCCGCCGCCUCCUCGCCGGCCCGGGCUGCGCCGCCGGGGCUGAGCCACCGCCGGAGCCGCGAGCCGAGCGGCCGCCGGGCGCGCCCGCAGCGCGGGAGGAUGGGCUGUGGCGGGAGCCGGGCCGAUGCCAUCGAGCCGCGCUACUACGAGAGCUGGACCCGGGAGACCGAGUCCACCUGGCUCACCUACACCGACUCGGACGCGCCGCCCAGCGCCGCCGCCACCGACAGCGGCCCCGAGGCGGGAGGCCUGCACGCGGGUGUGCUGGAAGAUGGACUGUCCUCCAACGGUGUGCCCCGAUCGACAGCCCCAGGUGGAAUAUCCAACCCAGAGAAGAGGAUGAGCUGUGGGACCCAGUGCCCGAAUCCCCAGAGCCUCACCUCAGGCCCUCUGACCCAGAAACAGAAUGGCCUGCGGACCACGGAGAGAGGGUGACCCUGACCUAGUGUGAGAGAGCACUUUCAGUGAAGGUCAGAAAGAAGAGAGACCUCACGAUCGAGAGGAGAUUGGAAUUGCAGCCAUCAGAAGAGCUAAGACCUCAAGGUGAGAGAAGCCACGGCAGCCAAGGACCUCCCUGAUCUGCCCAGGCCCCACGCACUCCUUGGGAGCACAGGCCAAGGACCGUAUCUCCUCACCCUUUCCCGCUGCCACCUCCACAGUGUCCCCCCUCCCCCCAGGCCACCUGAACACACUCCUGUCUGGAUUCCCUGUCUAAGCCCUGUUUAUGACCCUCACCACCCCCACUCACCGACUAGCCCAGCCUGCCACAGAAAUGUAUCGCAUCCGUAUUUGCUCCCCUAAGCAGGGUUCACAAAACCACCGGGGUUCACAAAACCUCUCUGCUGAACCAAAUGGCAGACAUGCUUCAUUUGUCUGUCACGGUGUUAAAACCCGAGGAUUUCACAGAAAAGGCCAGCUCUGGCGGAGACUUGUCGUUGAGAACUCCAAUAUCCAUUCUCCCCUUCUUUCUUAGCUGGCCACAUGUCCACUCAGAAGAAAGAUUAUACUUUCCGGCCUCCUUUGCAGCGAGGAGUAGCUGUAUGAUUUAGUUCUGGCCAAUGAAAUGAAAUAAUAGGCCACGAAGCUUCCGGGGAAUCUUAUAAAAGAAUGGUCAGGUUCUUUCUUUUCUCCUUUUCCUUCCUGCUCCCUGGAAUGAGGAGUAAUGGCUGGAGCCACAGCAGUCCACUGGGUCAUGAGGGAACCUUGGAAAUGGAAACCAUGCUGAGCGGCGCAGUAAAUUAGAAGUUUAGGUCCCUCAUUCCACUGAGCCUCCGUGAGUCCAGGACUACACGUCCCAGACCUCUUUUGUGUGAGAGAGAAAUACACGUCUACCUCACUUAGGCUACUCUUUCAGGUCAGUACUCCCAGCCGAACCCAAUUCUAGCUGAUACAGAAACUUUCCAUCUUCUUUUGAAAGCUCGGGAGAUGUGACGCUCCUGGGCUCUUGUUGCCACUCAGACACAGUUGGCUGGAGCUGAUAAGGCCACAUUAGUCGAAGUUAUGGGGGUCUCUAGAUGGUCAUGGCCCCCGCCACUCAUUGUGGCUUACACACAGCUUACAGCCUCCAGAUUGGUGGUACCUGCCUGAGCCCUUUGGCAUUUGCAACCCCUGCGCCAGAUUGUGCUCUCAUGUUCCUUUCAGGAGUCGUCAAAAUACAGAAGGUCCUUUUCCCCAUCCCACCAGUCUGGGAAGCCAGUCUCAUGAGAACUUUCUGAGGAGGCAAGUUACAAAUGUGGCUUCAUAUUUAAAGUUGUGUAUUCACUCAACUUUCGUUUCCUUCCUAUGUAUUUAUCAAGAAGCUUCGAGAUGUCAGAAGUUGUGGUACAGUGAGGAAUAAGACAGACCUGGCCCCUGCCCGAUGGAGCUGACAUUCUAGUAAAGGAAACAGACAGUAAAAACAAACUAAAAGAAAUAAAUUAUCGCAAUAAUUGAAGAUGGUGAUGACUGCUACGAGAACAUUAACAGGAGAAUGGACUGGAAGGAGGCCAGAAUGCAAGCAGGAGACCACGUAAGAGAUUCCUGCAGUGGCCCUGGCGGGGAGACGUUAGUGGCAAGGAAUAGGGGAGUGAUUGUGAAGAUGGACAGAAGUUUCUAUUUUGGAAAUGGAAACAUGAAGCUUUACUGAUGGAAUGGGUGUAGGAAAUGAGAAGAGAGAAAUCAGGAUGAUUCUUAAGUUUCUGGUUUGUUCAACAUGGUUCUUGGGUAAGACAGGGUAUGACAGGGUGAGAGAAAUGUUACUGUUUGCCCCACCCGGGCUCUCUUUCCCAGUUUCUCAUGCAGUGAGCUCCUAAACUAUUUCAGCAGUAUUUAUGUCUCCUUAAAUCACUUCAGAUUGUGAGGCGCCUGAGUGGCUCAGUCAGUUAAGCGUCCAACUCUUGGUUUCGGCUCAGGUCAUGAUCUCAAACUUUCGUGAGUUUGAGCCCCACAUCGGGCUCCAUGCUGACAGGGCAGAGCCUGCUUGGGAUUCUCUGU